UUAAAAUCCAAGGGGCAGCACUCUGUAAGACUUUGAUGUGUCAGAAAGUUACUUUUAUGAAACAGAUCUAACAAAGCACUCAAGGUCAACUUCUAGAAAAUGGAGACAUUGUUAGAGGACAAACAAUAUGCCUUUGGCUGGAAUAAAAUGUUUGAAUCAGUGACAGGAUGGGACCCUGGAAAGGAAUUUCUACCAGCACUGCCAGCGGCAAUAUUUAUAUACAUGUCUGCUUAUAUCAUUGGCCUUUUACUGCACACUUUUACGAGAAUGGUCGUACCUUCAUCGGUUAGAAUAUACGUUCUGGACUUUGUUAAAACAAUGACAUUCUGUACAUUCCCCUUUGGGCAUGGCAUUAUGAGAAAAAAUUACGGGGAAUCAGGAUACAUGAGUGCCAUGGUUCCAACCAUGUUUCUGUCGCUGAUGACGUUAAGAGGUGGCGACGGAAACCCAAUAUCUGUCUGGCUUCAGUACUACAGGAGAAUCAUUCCACUUUGGAAAUGUAUCCUUAAAACAUUAAUCCAGAUCGCUGCAGGAUUUGCAGCAUACCGUCUCGGCAUCUACAUACUUGGGCUUGAACUUCAUCCGAUGUAUGUAGCACGUGUCAAGGAGUACUAUGAUGAGUUUUGCUCCACGGAUCUCCAUGUACCUGUAUAUGUUGGAUUCUUGAUUGAAUUUUGUGCAGUGAUCUAUGACUGCUGGUUCGUGAACCAGACUUUUACAAGGAACCUUUAUUUUGAUACUGUCAUCAAGGUGGUUAAUAGUGGCCUACUUGUCGUAUCAGGUGUUCAUCUAACUGGAAUGUAUAUUCACCCGGCAAUGGCAACAGGGCAUACCUGGGGCUGUGGGGACACCUCUGGGGCAGCACAUAUCCUUAUUUACUGGGUGGGGCCAAUCAUUGGAACAUGGAUUAGUUAUCAUCUUCAGAAAAGGUUCAGUCUCAGGGGAAAGGCAGUGAAAGGGUCCUCAAAGUCUCGUAGUCAUGGCAACAUGCAGUCAGAUAAACAGAAUGUUAAUGGCUCAACACAAGUCAAUGGACACAAUAAAAAACAGAAGAAUGGAAAGCGGAAGUUCUACAAUAAUUAAUGGAGUUGCAGACAAAAUAUAAAUGAGUGAACUAUGUCCGAGAUAAGAUGUAUUAAUAAAAUAAUAUAGAAUAUAAAUACUUUAGUGUAGGACAAGGUGAACUCUGUGAUAAAGGUGUACCCAAGCCAUGUGACUUUAAUUUCUAUGUUUUUCGCAUAAUAAGUAAUUAUAAAAAUAUAGCAUAUUGUAAGUAUGUGGAAAAAAGAUAUUAUUUAGUUGUAUUGGUAUAAUAUUAAGAUAUUAAAGUAAUGAAAUACAAAAAAUGUGCAGUCCAAGAAUCAUGAAAGAUUUUCUACAGACUCCAACCAUUGACAAUGCCCACUCAUUAUAUACACAAUCGCAUUUAUUGCAAAGUUCAUCUUGUACAAUAUUGUAUAUAAUGUGUAAUUUUGAAUUACAUACUUAAUGAUGUUUAAACUUUAAUCUGCUGGAUCAGAAAGUUAUUCUUUGCCACUAGUAUAGUUUCAGGCCAGCCUUUACUCUUGUACAGUCUGCCGAGGCUCUCUACUUAUGGUUGCUCAGUUUUAGUAUUUUGUUAUUGAAAUCCCUUAUAAAAUGUAAUAGACAAAUUGGUCCAGUGCACAGUCAGCGGGUAAGAUGUUAAUCUUUUAGUUUUAUGUACGAGUUUUUGGAAUAUACAGGUACAUAUAUUUAAAUAAUGAUUGAAUUACUGGAUCCAAUUCAUAAAAGCCUAAUAUGCUUAAAAAAGUAUUUUAUAAUUUGUUAAUACAUGUAAUUAAAGUUAAAAUAUUUUGUCGCAAAUAUAGCAAAAACCAUUCAGUAUUAUGUUUCUAAUAUAUUUUAGCACUGAUUUAUCUUUUACUUAUGCAUCAAAAGAUAUUUUGUAAGUAAAUUUUUCCAGUUUAAAGAAUGAUAAUUUUGCUAAUUCUAAAGUGAAUUCAAAUAAAAAAAAAUUAAAUGUGUCUUUAUUGAAAUUGUGAUACAACACUUGUACAUUAUCAUUUGUUAACUUUUGAAAUACUAUGGUAUCAUGUGUGAUGUAUAGAACAUUAGUUAUCUAAACCUUGUUAUGUUGCCUGCUACAGAGUAACAGCGACUGUAGGAAUCGCUUCUCAGUAAUCUGUCCGUCUGUCUGUCUGUCCAUAGCGACUCAAGUGACAUUAUAGGAUGAAUAUCCAUGUUCAUUCUGUGCAGGCUUGUAUUUGUGGGGAAAAGUUGCUUAUGGGAUGAAAAUACAUUGUUUAUGAGAAUUUUACGAUGAAAAAAUCUGUAACAUCAACUCAGGGAGAAUGUCAGUCCUUCCGUUACAGACUUUGUUCGAACUACUUCCCAAUAACUGCUGGUGCAAUUUCAUCCAAACUUUAUAGGAAUGAUCAGUACUAAAUCUAGUUGUUUAUAUAAUCAGCAUUUUCCAGUUCAAUGAUUUUUGUAAGAGUUAUGGCCCUUUAAUGAUUUUAUUUUUUAAAACUUGUCUAGAAUACUUCUCUUAUAUCUCUGGUGCAAUAUAUAUAUAUAUAUACAACUUUACAGGAAUGAUAAGUAGCUCAUGUAUUUGCGAAUGUUACUAGUGUUAUUGGUUGAAUGAUUUUUGGCUGAGGUUUGGCCAUUUAUAAAAAAAUAUGUUAGUU